AUGCAGGUAGCUGAAGCUCUUAGGCAAAAAGGUAACGCAUGCUUCAGCAGCGGCGAUGUUGAUGCGGCGGCAGCCGCCUACCAGGAAGCCAUUGAUCUCCUUUCCUCAAAGCAGAAGUCAGAUGGGAAAGCGGAGGCGAAGGGCACCACUCCUCUUACCAUGGAUGGUGCAGAGGGAUUGCUUGCAGUUUUGUAUUCGAAUUUAAGUAACGUCCAUCACAUUAAGGGAAAAUAUGAUGAGUGCUUGGAAGCCGCCCGGCAGGCGACACUGCAUGAUCCUUCCUUCACAAAGGCGUGGCUCCGGUAUAUACAAGGUCUUCGGAUGGCCGGCUAUCCAUUUGAGGCUUUUGUGACGCUGUUGCAUCGUCUUCGGCCUUUGCUUCGGUGCCGUGCCUCCUCUAUGACACUGAAGCAUACUGAGGACGACGUUGCUGUAGUGGGGGCACCACUCUACGAGGAUUUGGGCCUAUCGAAGGUGUUGCCCCACAUUGAGCUAGAUGAGUACGAGGGCGGUUUGGGCAUCGUUGCCCGCAAGGCGGUGGAACCAAAUGAGGUUAUUCUUGUAGAAAAACGUUUCGAACCUUUCUUUGCGAAGCUGGAUAUUGGGGCGCAGAGUAAUUUGACGACGAUGCGGAUUGUGGCCUACUUUGCAAUGAAGAUGCAUCCACAUCAGCAGUCAAAUUCCGAGACGUGGGUUCGCUUGAAGAAGCAGUUCAAGGGGUGUUGGCCACGCUCUCUAGAGGACAUGCUGCCUGACGAUCGGAGUGAACUAUCCCAUGCCCUGCGGGGUGAGUUACCCGCGAUGGACGACGAUGCCUUCGAGUCACUUUUUGCUUUGGCUGUUAUGUGCCGAUACAAUUGUUUUUACUCUGGUUUUUUCAGGGCCUGCGCACUGGCAAAUCACAGCUGUCUCGCGAAUGCUGCCAUGAAAUAUAAUUCAGAGGAUGAGACGGUAACACUCAUUGCGGUACGUCCCAUAAGUGCGGGGGAAUUUGUGAAUGUCAAGUAUCUGAGUGAUGCCCACUUCUUAAUGGGGGUAGGAAAGCGAAGAGAGUGCCUUCGCUCGUGGUUGUUUUGGUGUAAAUGCGACCGCUGCUCCACAGAUAAUGAGAGCUUCGCCACACAGGAGCAAAUUCAAUGCCGUCAGUGCCACGGCUGGACACAUCUUCCACUGACAACAGACCGCACAGUGACGAGGGAUCGAGACCCACUUCUUCCACAAGAGAAACCAUGCAUACAUUGUGGAACGAUCGUUGCAUGGUCAUUGGAGUCAAGGGCGAUUGUGUCACAGCUGAUGGUUUCCUUUGCCACAGUCACCAAACAGACGACAUACGAUAGUCUCAUGGCGUGGCUUUUGGAGGGGGCACAGCAAAUUGCUCUCAUCCGCGUACAUCCGGAUAACUGGUUGUAUCGUGUCCUUCUUUACUUUUUUUGUGUCUCGAUAACGUCUAUUGUGAAUGAAGCCUUUGAGCAGUUUAGCGCAACAGGAUGGCAUUCGUCGCUUGUAGAAGUGUUAAUGCGUGACGCCGGUUUUAGACGCCUCUACGCGGACGUUCUCAACGGCAACACACAAGCAGGCGAUGCUUCUAAGCAGGCAGACGCGUCUGCUUCUGGGAGUGUUGGGUGUGGUGGCAACGCCGUUACGACCGGUGUGGCGGAACCUGCGGCGGAAGCGAUGGGGGGUGGUGACGUCUUGUACGCACUCUGCGUUCUCUGGCGCCUGAUCUCCCCCUUCUACCCGGCGUAUGAGGGAUGGAGUCUUCAUCGCAGUAUUUGCCGUCUUGUACUGUUUUCCCACACCAAUCCAAAUGGAUCCGCCGCGCUGCACGAAUCGCACGCAUUGGUACUUCUACGACGCCACGGGAGGUACCUUGACGACGCGGAGACCUCGAUGUGGCUGCACGCCUACAAUCGUUUUAAGCCAACGGCACCUCGGAAAGGAAUGCUGAGUGUCAAGCGAGCCAAAGCUGCCUUUCAGUCGUAA